ACCUAACUUGCGUCGUCAGUCAGCAACAGGAAGAAAGCCGACGCAGGAGGGGCGCUUAUGCUGCUGUCCCGUCGGUUGCUUUAAAAUCCUUAACGUGUCUGUUUUUCUCGUCACAGUUAUCUAGCUGUAGCUACAGAACAAGUCCGUAACGAUGCUCCGAGCCUUUAUCUCGGUUUGUGUCCUGCUGGCUGUGUCUCAGGCUGAAAGCCCCACUCCAGGGCCGCCCCCCGCUGCUGCUGUUACCAAAGCAGCCGAAAAAGGAGCCUCGCUGAACGGCAACACCAUCGCACCCAAACCCGCGGCCAACAUCACCAUGUCGGGCAUAGAUUUGGAUGGGUCUAUGAUUCAGAGGGCGUUAUAUGUUCUCAUUGGCAUCACCAUAAUCGGGGUUCUUUAUUUUCUCGUCCGAGCAGUCCGUCUGAAAAAAACAAGCACGCAGAGGAAGAAAUACGGGCUUUUAUCAAACUACGACGACACCGUGGAGAUGGCACAGCUGGAGAGCGAUGAAGACGACACGACUGUUUACGAAGCCAAAUCCCUCAGAAGAUGAGUCUGGAGCACUCAGAGGAGGAAGAGUAAUGAAGACAAUCCGUUCUUUUGGGGCGACUAGAGAAGAAAUGCUGGAUGAUACGAUGCUAGAUGUCUCCAUUUUUCAGCAAUAAAGUGGAAUGUUUUCUUGUGAUGGACUACACUGACCAAAAAGGCCAUCUCUGAACUUCUCAGAAGGUCGUGAUGUAUGCCUUGGAAAGAUGGGUGUUGAGUGGAUUGUGGGAUUAAACCUGUUUCUGUGAUGUUUUGUACCAAAACUGCUCAUUUCUCUUUGGGCUCUUUUUUUUUCUUUCUUCAGUGAAUUCUUCAAACUGUGUACUAAUCAGCCAAGCGAAGUCAUGACCUUUUGUUCAUGGAAACAUGGUACUGUACUUGUUUUUGUUGACUUUCAUGUUUACUGUCAAUGAUUUAGUUUAACUGAGCUUUUUUAACUUUCUCCCUCUCUUUUUUUUUUUUUUUUUUUUAAGCUUUAUUGUAAAUCACAUACGGUCAUCUCGUCUGUGUUCAGUGGGCCUUAACACAGAAAUGGGGGAGGUUUUGUAGGUUUGUCAUUCCAAAAAAGUUCCCUUUCAGAACAUUCCUGAUUAGAAAUACACCAUAACUACAUAACCUGUAUGAACAUUCUUGGAAAUUUAAUUUUUUUGAGUUAGGGUUAAACAAUGAUAUUGGAAUUGUAUUGAUGUCUAUAGAUAUUGGCUUUCAAAAUGUCAAACCAAUAUUUGGUGACUCUAAAGGGCCACAAUGUUCAGGUGGUGCCAGGCUACUAUGCAAUAUCUCUACAUUGCGUUUGCUGUAUUGCGUUUGUAUCCCUUUAUAAAUAAAUGUUAUUUCUCCAAAAUGUGCCAAACCAAGUAGAUGUAUUCCCAGUUUCUACAUUUUAUAAAUGUUUACAUGUUGGCUUUGGCAGAAAUGUACAUUAAAAAAAUGCUCGAUGCCGGCAUGUGGUUACAAUUCCCAUAUCAAUGCGGCCCUGGUUUGAGUAUUUCACAUUCCCACAAUCCUUAUUUUGCACUUGGAGAAUGUUGGAAAGGCUUAUUUUCUUGGCUAGUGCUGGUGUAGAUGUUCUUCAUGGAGAGAAAGUCUGAAUGUGUUUUAGGAAUCGAAGACGAACUGAGGGAGUGAGAAUUUUCUUCUAACGCUCCCGUGUUUCUGCUUAUGUGAUCAUCCUCGUUUUUUGUCUGUAGUCUUUUAUGCACAGAUAUCUCAUGUCAGCCAGCUGAUGCUGCCAAAGCUGCAAACCUGAUGACGAACAUGUUGAUUAGCUGUGAUUUCUCCAGGAUGAAAAUGUGUUAUCUUGUUAUUUUUGAUUGUGCAUUUCUUUAUUUCAUAAAGCGUGGGAACGUGAGAUGGACUAACUCUUGUUGAACCUUGUUAAAGUCAGGGUAAAAUGCAUGAGACCAGCUGAUUUUUGGUUCCAGUGUUUGUUGUUGUGCUAUUUGGAUGGAAUGCAUGACAUAUCUGCAGGUAUUUAGUAUUCAACAUUCAGAAGUCUAAAAGUGUGCCUUUAAGUAUUUUUUUAAGUCCAAAUGAUUGUGAUUUGAAAUGAUUUGUGAUAACUCUGUUCUCUGCAUUCCUGUAUUUUGAAAGCGUUUCUUUGUAAAAUAAUAAUGAAAAGAUGAUAUAUUUAAUAUAUUUCUAAAUCAGCCUUUUAGAGAAAGUUAUAUGGAGGGGUGGCAAAUUCAUGAGCGGUUAAUUCAUUUCAAAUAUGAUUACAUUUUCUGAAAUGUACAAUUUGCCUCUCUAAAAAGACUGUUGAGAAUAUAUGAGGCUUAAUUGGGAAGAUAAGGCCUUUGACUUGGAUUGUUCCCAUUGAUCUGUGUGAACAGGCCUGAGUGAGAAUGAAAUCACAGAUAAAUACAGUGUCCCACUGGAUUCCAGUUCAAAAUCCACUUCCAUUUGUCCCACUGUAAUAGUUGCUCCUACCAGAGGUUAUACAGUACAGUUGUACAGUAGGGUGAGUUUGUGUUUUGGGGGCUGUGCCUCUGCUGCUCUUAUUGAAAAGUGCUGUUGACAACAGCGUUUCUUUGAAAUUGCUUUUAAAUAAAGAAUCUUCAGCGAA